UCGCCGAGUUCAGCUCAACGCCGAUGGUUUAGACACUGAAAGCACAGCUCGUUAAGCCGAAAGUAGCAGUAGCCAGCCGUAGCGUCUGAGUAAACACAGAAGGCACAGUGUUUUUGUCACCGCCGUUGUCGUUCUCGUUGUCGUUGUCGUUGUCGUUGUACUUUUAAUUCAAUUCCCAUUCCGAUUCCGAUUCCCAUUUCAAUUCCUAUUCCCAUUUCCAAAAGCGAUCCAACUGCAGCUGCAGCCGCGUCAAUGUAGGUGAUUUCCAGCAAUCGGAAAACAGAAAACAACUUGCGAUCAAACAACAAACAAACGAAGUCGAAAGGAGCGCUUUCAGAUUUCAGUAUGUCACCCAAGGACGGCAGCCUGGACGAUGCCAAAUACGCCAAAUACACGGUGAAUCAUGCGCCACCUCCUCCGCAAGCGGCCACGACGACCACACAGUCCACUGUUGUGGACAAAACGACGGCCAAGGAGAAGGAGAGCGCCACAAUGACCCCGCCUGCGAAACGAUCCUGGCGCGAGAAGAUCCGCCUGGUGGCCAACAACGUCACCGUGGAACCGAUCCUGGCCGCCUACAUCAUGCCCAGCGUGCUCUCGAACCUGGCCACCCAGAACCUCAACCUGGAGAAGGCCUGUCGGGUGAACAUGGCCUACGGGGAUGAGGUGUGCGAUGCCCUAACCCGCCGCCAGACAGCCAACUACACACUGGAGGAGGAGACGGUGCAGCAGAUGGUGGCGCGGAUGGCCGCCUGGAAGACGGUGAUUCAGUCCCUGUUCCCCUGCCUGCUGAUCCUGUUCUGGGGCUCGUGGAGCGACCGCCACCGCCGGCGGAAGCCGUGCAUCCUCAUCCCGGUGGUGGGCGAGUUCCUGGGCGUGGUGGGCCUCAUGCUGUGCGUCUACUUCGAGCAGGCGCCAAUGGAGGCGGCCGCCCUCACGGAGGCCAUCUUCCCCUCGCUCAGCGGCGGCUGGUUCACCAUGCUGAUGGGCGUCUUCAGCUACAUCGCGGACAUCACUACCGAGGAGGACCGCACGCUGCGGAUCGGCAUCCUCAACGUCUGCUUUUCGGUGGGCGUGCCCAUCGGAAUGGCCUUCAGCGGAGUCCUGCUCAAGCAAAUCGGAUUCUACGGCGUGUUCUCGAUCUCGGCGGCCUUCUACGUGAUCGCCUUCGUCUACGGGUUCUUCUUCCUGGAGGAGCCGGUGGCCCGGCCGGAGAAGAGCGGUGAGCAGAAGAGCCUGCUGGCGGACUUCUUCGACAAGGAGCACGUGGUGCAGACGUUCCGGGUGGCCUUCAAGAAGGGUGAGAACCAGCGCCGCAAGCGGGUCAUCCUGCUGAUGAUCGUGGUGAUGGUGAUCAUUGGGCCGCUGCACGGCGAGAUGGCGGUCACGUAUUUGUUCACCCGAUUCCGGUUCAAUUGGUCGGAGGUGGAGUUCAGUUUCUUCUCCACGUACGCCAUGUUCACGGGCUUGAUUGGCGUGAUCUUCUGCGUGGGUGUGCUCUCGCACAAGCUGAAUAUCGAUGAUGCCCUCGUGGGUGUUUUGUCCAGCACCUCGAAGAUCCUGUCGUCGUUCGUCUAUGCAUUUGCCACACUGCCGUGGCAUAUGUAUCUGGGCGGCCUGGUGGAGAUCUUCAAUGGCACGGCCUUUAUUGCGAUGCGUUCGAUAGCCACGAAAUUGGUGUCCAAGGAUGAACUGGGCAAGGUCAAUUCGCUAUUCGGUGUGGCCGAGGCCCUGAUGCCCAUGGUGUUUGCCCCCAUGUACACCACCUUGUAUGCCUCGACGCUGCGAGUGCUCCCAGGAGCCUUCUUCCUACUCGGCGGCGGUCUCACACUGUUCUCCGUGUUCAUAUUCCUGUGGAUGUACCGUUUCCAGGUGCGCCAGCGGCGGAAACUGGCCUCCUCGGACGCGGAGCGCGCCUCUGUAAAGGAUCCCAAUGGCAACAUCAACGCCAUCGAGGCACUGGUCCUGGCCAGCGAGGCCAAGGGACAGAUGAACGGCAUCGUGGCCAAUGUGAUACACGAGUCCUUGGAGCACGCAGAGCCACCGCCAGCCACCGUGACCUCUGUGACCUCUGUGACCUUGCGACCCGGCGAACGGGGCAUCGAGAACCAUGCCUUCGUUCGCGAGGAGGAGGAGGUCAAGGUCAAGGAUUGUUAAGCGAAAUGAGAACGGGCGCGAUCCCCAUCCUCAUGUACAUACUCAAAUUCCGCUGAGAAAAUCGGGGGGUCAAGAGUAGGAUAAUCGGUGAAACGAUGCGAGCUGGAUUCGAUUUUGAACUCUUUUUCGUGGGCUUGAUAUAACAUUGAACUUCCAAAGUACGGACAUUAGUUCAAUGGCGACCUCCGAAAAUAAUUUUCCGAUACAGAAUUGGCGGAAUUUGCAAAAGGCAAUAUUUCUUUCUUAGAAAAACGCAGUGAUUUUGACUGAAUAAAGUCGACAUAUUUAAACCCAAAAAUUCGAUAAAUGUUUUUAGUAUUAAAAGGAGAAAAUCAAACAGAUAUUAAUACGGUUAAAAGAGAUUCUUUUUCGCAAUAAUAUUUUCUAAGUAAAAGCUAAACUUUUUAAUUUUCCUAAAUUAUUUAAAAUAACAUCAAGUUGAACUUCGGUACUCAUUUAAGUAUGGCAUGACUCGAGAUUUAAUCAGAAUCCGCCAAGUAUGUUUCAAUCGAAUAGAUUUUCCGUUUUACUCUCGAACCUUCAAUCCUAUUUCUAUUCACCUAAUAAAUGUGUACAAUUACAAAUAUUAUUUUUUUUUUAUUUAGCCGUAAGUCUCUAAAUGUAUUUUCGUUUUCGUUGUAAUUAUCUUAUCUUACUCCGAUCUGUUAUUUUUGUAAUUUCCUUUUUUUUUGCAUAGCU